AUGGCCGACUACUGGCAACCCCAAUCGUCCUUUGCCAACCCUAGCUGGGUUCAAGGCAACCAGUCAUGCUGGCGCUCUUCGACAUUUCGUGACUUGAUCCAUGCUUUCCCUAAACCCAAGCGGACGGGUCGAGUGAUGAAACCCCGCAGCGCUGGGAACAGUCCUUCGUCUGCUGGCAGACGGCGCACAGCAACCAUCCCUUACAGUUCGCCCAUGUACCAGGGCUACCAGGCUCCUGUCAACACUGCCUUUGUAGCCUCUGCACUUGCCCGAACUGGCCAGAACCGUCCGACAAGUUGGCAUCCGGCUUUGGAGCCUGUUAGCUAUCCUACUACUCAGUAUGUGCCAGCAACUACGGCCUUGGACAACUUUGCCGCCAUUGGCGUGUGCCCUCAGCCACUGCCUACUGCCUCUGCAACCUUCGACAACUCUUCCAUGAUGUCAUCCUACACAACAGAUAUUCCAUGCUCGGAUAUGGGAUUCCCUUCCCUGCCUGAUGCACAGCAUCAGAUGUCGCUCCAACAAUCUACCAUGCUGCCGAUGAGCGAGUCUCAAAUUGAGCCCGUCUCCUGGGACACCAGCGCUUCAACCUUGUCGACAAUGGCAGAACCCAUGUCUGACUGCUACUCUUUCGACAUGUCAUCCAUGCACAACAACAUCCCUCCAGUCUACGUCGCAGGUUCGAGUUAUGAGAGUGUACCGUCGUCGGGUUGCUUGACUGGCCCUCCUACGCCUGACUUUCUACCUAUUCAGCGACCUGAUGACGACCUGCAUUCGCAGGUAGAGUCCUUGCCCGAGAAGCAGAACGAGGAUGAACUCGUCGGAAUGGGUCUGUACAGCAACCCGGAAGCUUCGCUGGGAAACUCGCUCUUAGGGCUUUCCGGCAAGGGGCUGAAGUUGGAGGAGACUUUCACCCCGUCUUCCGACAAUGAAGCCGAAGACCAGGACGAUGAAGAUGACCAGGAGGAUGAGGACGAUGAUGACGAACAAAAUCAGGAUGAGAGCCCCGUCAACAACAAGGGCACUGAUUCGAACCCUAAGCAGCCUGAAGCUGAGACUUUUCAACAACCGAUCAAAGCACCUGGCAACAUGAUGCAAAGAUCCUUUUUCUUUGAUGACGACGACCUCGAGCAGCAUGCCGUGGUCGAUUCCCAGCCAUUUAUUAACAUGGCUAGCCAACCCUGUAUGAAUUAUGGUUAUGGAUGGAUUUGA